AUGAGUUCUAGCCACCCUGAACCAGGUGCCCGGGAACCCCAAAGUCCCCGCCCACAGCUUCUGUCCCAGAGUUCUUCCAGCUUGCUGUGUGAAGGCCAGGAGCAGAGGCCAGAGCUGCGCAAGAGUGCCAGCAGCACUGUGUGGCAGGCACCGCCAGGUGAGGCCAGCACUAGUCCCCGGACCCUGGAGGAAGAGGGGUGCCAGACUGAGAGCAUGGAGCAAACACAGACCUCAAGCCUUCGGUCACAGGCCGGUGCUGGAGGCCACUGGAGAAGCAGCACCGUUGGCAAUGUGUCUACCAUGGGCAUCGGAGACCUGUGUCGCCUACGGGCCCCCAGUGCGGUAGCUGUGCAGAGGAGCCACUCAGACUUAGUCCAUAGUACCCAGACCCGGGGUCAUGGCGGUGCUCAGAAGGCCAGCCUCAGCUGUUCUGCCCUUGGCGGCUCACCUGUCCAGAGGGCGCAGCUGCAGCCUGGAAGUGUUACCGGUCAAGAAGGGCAGACCCCUACAGGCCUGCAAAGUGACCUGGCUUCAGAGGAUGGGACUUCUAAAUCAGCCUGCGUGUUGGGGGAGAGUCAGGUGUUAGUGCCAGCUGUGAAGCUGGAAGGUCCAACUGGUCUCAUCAGCAGUCCCCAGGGUGGACCCAAAGCUACUGGACAGCUGUCUACCACUUCCUGCCAUGCUCUGCCCCCAGCAGCCCUGCUCUGCACUGUGAGGGAGGCUGCAGCUGGUGGUUGCUGCCAUGCCCUGCCUGCCACAGGCAUCCUGGCCUUUCCCAAAUUGGUGGCAUCAGUGAGUGAGUCUGGGUUGCAGGCUCAGUGUGGGAUGAAAUUCCACUGUAAGAUGCCUGGGGGCAUCUCUGGGCACCCUCACUGCUGUGUCCACCCUUGGGGGCCUACAGGGCUAGCCACAGAGUCUGGCUCCAGGACCAAAGAUGUGUGGACCAUGACCUCAGCCACUGACUUGGCCUUGGGUGUGGCAUCAGCCCAGGAUGCUGGGGUUCAGGUAGCUCCAGUGGCAGCCUGCAAGGCUGUGGCUACCAGCCCAUCCCUGGAAGCACCUGAGACUCUGAACAUAUUCCCAGAGGUAAUUCUGGGGUCCGGCCUUCAACAGGCCUCAUCCCCCGUGAGGGAAGUGCGAUGGGAUGCUGAGGGCAUGACAUGGGAGGUGUAUGGAGCCUCAGUGGAUCCUGAGGUGCUCGGCAUUGCCAUCCAGAAGCACCUGGAGAUGCAGUUUGAACAGCUGCAGCAGGCACCAGCCAGUGAGGACAGCCUAUCUGUAGAGGGCCGCAGGGGCCCUCUGCGGGCUGUCAUGCAGUCGCUGAGGCGCCCCAGCUGCUGUGGCUGCUCUGGAGCUGCUCCAGAAUGAGGAAUUGUGACCCUGAAGCUGGCCCUGUCUCUAGACUUGGUCCUACGCCAGUGACAGUCACAGCAGAGACUCUGUGUCACCAGAACCCACCCUCUCACUUGAACAUCAGCCUUGGGCUUGCCGUUCCAUGCAGCUGGGC